GUCACAUCCCAACUCAGGAGAAGACUACUCCAUCAACAAAUUAUAUUGCUAUUCGGAUGCAGGGUCUGUGCCCCUACGCACGGCCAGGGUAUCCAAAUCAUCUCAAUUCUUCUUAACCUCCCAGCCUAUCCAUCCUUCGUCGCGCAUACCCAUACUAUAUUACUAAGAGCAGGAAAUGGCCAAAACGAUCCAGGGGAACUAAUAAAUUCAUUAGUUAUAUGCACCGAAACCUCCAAAUUAACAUGGCUAUCAACGAAUUCCAUUUAUUCUCUUGUCUCCCUCCAGAAAUCCGACACGAAGUGUUUCUCUUGGCUACACCGCCCCGCAUCGUCCAUAUUUCACAAAAGCAUGAAGACAUAGAAGACUUCCUCGAGCGAUUCAACAACUUACUUCCAGGGCAGGUUAAAUUAGAUCCAUCCUUAACCUACUUUGCUCGGAACUGGCGCGAACGAAUCUUGUCGUAUGGGGAUAUUUGGUCGCAGAGGAAAUUGGAGUCUUGCGGAUUUACAACCUCGCGCCCAAUACAACAUCCAUGGGAACCCUCUAAGUUAACUCCUGAGAUUCCUGUUCCUUGGUUAUUCGAACAUCCCGACGUAGCAUAUGAGCUCCUCCGAAAGAGCGUUCUCUAUAGUAAAGCGCCUAUUCCGGCGCUUCUUCAUACGUGUGUAGAAUCGCGACGCGUGUUGAUCGACGCCGGGUACCAGCUCGCAUUCGCGUCUCGUUACCACGGGCCAUGGACUUGGUUCAACUUUAAGAACGAUGUAUUAUGUCUCAAAUAUAAUGUAAUAACGAACGACGUUCCUCUAUUAGACAAUGGCCCAUGGGGCACUGGAAGUUUUGAUCCUCAGAGCUUACAGCAAGUUCGAAAACUAGCGAUAGAUGUUGCGCCACCCCCCCUUUUAACCUCGGACUAUGAAUAUGACACGCGAGAUUGCGCUUUGAGUACAAUCCGACUACUACCCAAGCUUGAAAAGAUAUAUUUUAUUGAAUGGAACCUACCAGACUUGGACAAGUACUUACGGAAAUCGUCCAUAUCAUCAACGCCAAGCUCCUCAGAUGGCGAUACAGAACGAGAUCCGGUUUCUUAUGGGCGCGAGGCCUGGCGAUUUAUUCCCGUUGAAGAAGUUGACGCCUUGUUCUCGUUGAUCAUUCGACACCCUUACCGGUCCCUCGAGGUCGGCUGUAUGGGCUACGGUGCAUGGCGCUUGAUGAAUUUCAAAGUACCUGCUGGAGAAUACUUCUCCUACGUCAGAGAGUAUACUAGGAACUGUAUCAGGGCUGAUAUGGAUAGGGUGGCGAAGGAAGAGUCCGUAACCCCUUACCAGGUACCCGAAGUUGAAUUUGGGCAUAUCUGUACGGAAGCUGUGGGCAGAGAGCUAUUUAACGAUCGUCAGGAGGUGUGGAGGCAGUACCAGUUGCUAAUCAAUGGAAAAGAGCCUCCUCGGCCCAGGCCGAUGACGCCAACCGAUUUAUAUUAUCAAGAUGAUUGGGAAGCAUAUCACGAAGCCCACUGUCCAAUCCAGCAAGAAUCGCAUUCGGCGGGGUAUUUGCUGAAGCAUAGGAAAGUUCAUCAACCAAGAAGAGAACUGCUAAUGGAGCCAUGAAAGUCAGUCAUGCCUCGCAGUUAUAUUGAGCGCCUUUCGAUGAACAGGUUAUUAUGUAAUAGGACACAUACUAACCCAGUCGAUGGUUUUUACAUUAUCCUGUAACCUAGUUAAUUAAUCCAUAGAAUCUUUCAG